UGUUCGGACUGCAUGUCCAACAUGGCGGCUCCUGACUGCGUCUUCCACAGAACCCUGACCCGGUCCAGACCCGGACCUGGACCCGGACUAAACAAGGCGUCUCCUGUCGUCUGCAGGGAGUUCCUGUUCCUGGUGGAGCUGCAGCGCUACAGCCGAGACCAGGGCUCGUCUGUAUACUUCCCCCAGGCCGUCCUGCACGGCGACGACCUGUACGACGUCACGCUGUCCGACGGGGACUGCAGACUUCGUGUGACUCUGGAUCCUGGUCUGAACCGGCUGGUGGAGAGAAACCUGCUGCAGCCUGGAGCGACGCUGUGUGACGCCACCUUCAUCCCCGCCAUGAGCGCCCAGCACCCAGCAUGCCCCGGGGCGUCUGCAGAGAGAGACAGCUUCAGGCUGGUGAGUGUGCAGCUGUCAGGCGAGGCUGACGAGGGCCGCAGCCUCCGUCAGGACUCUCUGCCCUGGUACAGAUCCUCCGGACCAGCAGGUGCUCUGGUUCCUCUGAGAGCCAAUAGGAUCGUGUUUCUCCCGCUGUGGAACAACGUGGACUACAGCGGGGGGGGGUGGAGGGAAACCCCGCCCGCUGAAGAAGAGGAAGAGGAAGAGGAAGCGCGGCGUCCUGCUGUGACCGUGUCCGAGCUGCGUGACUCCUUCCUGUUCGGUCGCCGAGCCAUUGCCAGGGGCGCCGUCCAGCAUCAGCUGAUCGUACGCAUCAUCAACAAGUCGCACCUGAUGUAUUUUGGGAAAACAGACCGGAACUGUGAGUGUCCAUAUAAGGCGGUGUUGGAGGUGUGUGACAGGACAGGAAGUGUGUGUGUGGUGUUGUGGAACAGUGUGUGUGUCAGCUGGUAUCAGCGUCUGAAGCCCGGUGACAUCAUCAGCCUGAGACGCUACAGAGUCAAACGGCACUACGAGGCCGAGCCGGAGGAUAUAGAGAUCAGUGUGAACAGCAGAAACCCUGCCGCACGCAUCGCCGUCCUCCCAGAAUCCUCUGUUUCCCCUGAAUAUCUGCCACCUGCACCGACCUACAGCUUCUACAACAGUGCGGAGCUCCUGGAUCGUCCUCACGGUGCGGAGUGUGAUGUCAUCGGCCUGCUGACGUUCUGCGGACGGGCUGAGCGAAUGAGGAGCGGUGAGGGUUGCCACGAUGGCAGAAGGGCGGAGCUUCGGGAAUAUCACUGGCUGCGAUUGGAGGACGGGACGAGCGAUCAGCCAAUCAUGGUGAAGCUGUUCUCCACGUCUCAACCUGACACACACCUCAAGCUCCACCCACUGUCGGUGCUGGUUUGUACUCGUCUGAAGUUGAUGAGAGCUGCCGGUCAGACAGAUGUUGGCUUCUUCCUGACAAACACAACGUACACUCAGGUGUACUGCACAGGCCUGGGCCACCACUCAGAGAUGAGUUACCGUCGGCUCCGGCCCGUGCGGCUCUUCCUGCAGUGGCUGCGGGGCCGGGAUGACGGACAGGUGCUGAGCAGGGCUCUGAUUGGAGGAUUCUUCAUAUACCCGCCUCCUCCCGUCUCCUUGGAAACGUACAUGAAAGACCAGAGAGGUGCGCCGAGGUUCCUGCGAGGGGCGGAGCUUCAGGGGGAGGUAACAAGGCUCUGUUACCGGGAGCGACGCGCCUUCUGCAUCCAGGCAGCUGUUACCAUGGUGACGUACAGCCGCAGAGGAGAGGAGGAUCACUGUUUGUUCUGGACGGACCGAGCUUCAUCCCUCUCCUCCUCCUCCCCUCGCCCGUCUCCCUCCUCCUUCUCUCUCCCCUCCACCCCUCGCUCUUUCAGACCUCCUCUCUCCUCCCCCUCCCCUCGCCCGUCUCCCUCCUCCUUCUCUCUCCCCUCCACCCCUCGCUCUUUCAGACCUCCUCUCUCCUCCCCCUCCCCUCGCCCGUCUCCCUCUUCAGCCGUCAGUCAGCUGUCGGCUCACAGAUCAGGGAAAUCGUGUAAGAAAAGAAAGAUGGUGCCGACGGAGAGUCAGAAGAGACGUCCGCUGGUCACAGUACAAGCAGGACAGAACAACGACACGGUCAUUUUGUUUGAAGCCUCCAUGGAGUUUCUAGAAAACAGCAACGCUGAUGAAGACGACGACGACGAUGAUGGAGAUACGUCGUCCUUCGUCACCGCCCCCCUCCUGCCACCCUUCCCACCGGUCGCCGUGGAGACACUGCCAAUGCGUUACAACCACACCCGCAGGGAGGAGCAGGCGGUCGUCUUGGCGAUGGGGGGGGGGAGGGCGACCGCCGCCGACAGCUUUGACUCCGCCCUGGAGGGUUACUACACCCUCAGACUGAGAGCGCUGUCAGACGGAGAGUCCAUCGACGCCGUCUUCCUCCCUCACUCCCCCUCUGCCCCCCUCGCGCCUCACUCCAACACCUGGACCUCCAUCUUAUCACACGGAGCCUUCUCCUCACACACUCCUCCACCUUCACCAGUUGACCUCAUCAACAUGGCCGCCCAGCUGUCCAAUCAGAGGCUGGUGUGCGUCCUGGAGGCGUGUCACCUGGGCGGAGACACGACUGAACUCGUCCUGAGCCGUGCGUUCCACCUGACUCACUGACGCACCUGAGCCCGGAAGUCCGAUUUUUUUACUUCUUGUUUUUUAUACGUUAUAAUUUAUACUAUUUAUGGAAAUUCCAUGUUGAUGCACUUUACCAAUGUUGGGAGUUAUAGUUCUUUAUAAUUGGACUACAAAGUUGUUUGCCAAAUGUCAGUGGGAUGCUGGGAGUUGUAGUUAAGAUAACAAUAUAAUAAUUUAGUACAAACAUCAGUUUGUAGUAUAAUACAAUUAUACUUUGUGUAUAUAAAGGAGACUUCAUCACAAUAUGUUUAGUCGCAAUUUCAUUAUAAUAAUUCUAAUAAAAUUGAUUGCUAGUAAAUUAUUGCAUCAAAUGCAUGUUAGAAGAGCUUUUAUGUUUUUAAUAUUACAUCCGAAAGUGUUUCCAACUUUCAUUCAGAAACAAACUUUGUUGAGUUUUAUUUGGCAAAUGAUAUAAAGAAAAGUCGGUCGAGGCAAAAUACAAUAAAAUGUAUCAUAAUUAUAGAAGUUAAACAUAUUUAAUGCACAAACUAAUUAUUUAUCCUGUUAUUCCCUCGUUAGUAUUUCAUCUGUUCAGUUCACCUACAAAAUGUUUUUACAGUAAUAACAAAGUGUUUAAAAUGGUAUUUUUUCAUCUGUUUCCACUCGCAGUCCUGACUUCUGCUGCUUCACGUGUUCAAUGUUCAGUGUUUUUAAAUCCUAUUGUUGUGUUUCUGAGUUUUCUUUACAUCAAUAAACUCACUUUAAUAUUGUG